CCAAAUUUGUAAUAAUGUUUGCUGCACAACAAGAGUUGAAAAUUUUAUCUAUCUGUAGUUUGGUCCAGUCUGCAUUGGGAACAAAAAACAGUAUAAAAUGUGUUGUGGAUAACAAUCAUAGCCUGUUUAUAAGAGAAACCAGUAUGCUGUUAACAGCUUUAAAUGUGCAGCAUCCUGUUGGACAGUUUAUUAUAUCUGUUUGUCAGUCAUUUCACCAGCAACAUGGGUGUGGAGUGAAAACUCUGCUUUAUAUGAUUGGGAUGUUUGUCAAAGUCUGCAGGAAUCUCAAAGACAAGGGGGUACCUUCAGAUUACAUAGAUACAAAUUUGGAUGUGAUUUUAGACAGAUGCUGUAAGAAAGCUGAUGAAAUAAGAAUAGACUUUUCUAAACCUAGAUAUAAAAAAAACAUACAGAAAGAAAAUUAUAGUAAACAGAACUGUACUGUUGCUGGAGGGGUGGUAUUAGAAGACAAACAUGAAAAUUCAUUAAGUGGUACACCUCCUCAAACCCUUGAAAUGGACCAAAGAGUAAAUUGUAGUAGAAAAGGUAUAAUAAAUCUAAAAUCAGAGAAUUCACAAUUAACUGAUGAACCUGAUCAUAGUGAGCUAGACUGGUUAUUGGAUGAUGAUUUGUCCAGAGAAAUGUUAGGAAUUAACAAAGACAAUAAUUCAGAUGUUCUUUAUAGUCGCCAACAACCAUCACAUUUUAAGGGUUCAAAUGUCAAAGUGAGGCCACAGAAUAAAGUUGUUAAUGAUUGUGAAUCUGAUGAUGAAUUUGAUGACUGUUUUGACACUUUGUUGAAUAAUACAUCUACUGAUCAGGUUCAAGGGAUUAAUCAAUAUUCUAAUGUCCUUAGUGUUGAUUUAAAAACAAAGUCACCACAGCCUACAGAGUCCAAACAAGGAACAGAUUUAAGUUCUGUAAAUAAAUUAUUAAAAUCUAUAACAUCUUCAACAGGGAAACAAUUCAGUGCUUCAAAAAUUCUAAACAGUAGCAGACAUUAUAAAACUAUACACUCAUCUGUUAGCCAAAUAGGUGACAAAUCCAAUAUAGAGGAGACAGGCCAUGUUAGUAAUGGAACUAUAAAAUCUACACACGAGAUACCUUUAGAAAAAUAUAAGGAAAUGGGAAACAGAAGAAUAUUCAAAAACCAUAUUAUAGAUGAUGAAUUUGUGGACAAUGUACAAUGUAAAGAAACAGGAACUGCAUUUUACUCAUGUUCUGAAGGUGGUAGUUGUUUAAGUAGGAAAACUUGUAUUGCCAAGGAUGUACCACCAGAUAUUGUCCAGGAGAACAGAGAAGCUGGUUUUAUAUCAUUAGCUUUAGGACUUAGUCAUGGAUCAGAAGAAAUGAUGAAUAGUUUGAUAGACAGUCUUGAUUUGAAUUCUACACAGUUUGGGCAAGCUAGUAUAAAUUGUGUACAUAGUAUCUGUAUAGAAGGACCAUUGUCACAGACACCUAUAACAGUACCUGGUAUUGUUGUUAAAGCAAGAACAGAAGUUUUGGAUAUAGUUACAAAAUAUGACCAGACCACAAUAAACACUGUGAUAAUAAAUGGAGAUAUAUCGUAUAAUUACAAACAUAUUGGUUAUAAGAAAUCACUACCAGCAAAACAAGUAUUGUCAGACAGAGUUACGGGAAUAGAAGAUCAAAGGAAUAUUGAAUGGUUGAACACUAUAGAAGAAAUCCUAAAAAUGUAUUCCAUACGUUGUUUGAUUGUUAAAGGAUCAGUCUGCAAUGAAGUAAUAGAUCUCUGUCUGAAAGAAAAUAUUAUUGUGCUUGAUGGUGUGUAUUACAGAACAUUACAAGGUCUUGCUAACCAGUUUGAUAUUUGUAUGAUGGCAUACCUCACCAAUGUGACAGAUGCAAAUGUAUGCAACGUACUAGUUAAACCCUACUGUGAUGAUUGGAUGCUGAAACCAUAUAAUCAUGUGAUUAUAAAAGGUGAUGUCAUGGUUGAUAAUUUUAAAACCAUUGUGUUAUGUCAUCCUAGUAAAAAUGGGUGUGAUUUACUUGAACAAGAAUUUCAGCGAUGUAUUAAUGUUUUGUCAUCUGCCAUGUCAUUAGGCUGUGUUUUGCCAGGAUAUGCUAAAACAGAGGAAAUCAUUGCUCAGCAUUUAACAGACAAUGGACAAGAACAGUCCUCUGAUAUGUAUUUAUCUGUUGUGAGUGAAGAAGUAGCAGCUGCAUUUCAGGAGUUUGUUUGGACGGUCAGGCGUAAUGUGCAGGAUAUUCCAUCUCUGGAUAAUAGAAUUGUUGAUGAUUAUAAAACUAAAAUUUCUGCCUGGAAAACCUCACUGAAUACUGCAAUGACAAUAUUUCACACAGAUUCCUAUAUAAUUAAUGAUCAGAAUCAAACAUUGUAAAACAGUCUGUGAUAAAAAAAAUUAUUAAAGCUACUAGAUUUUUUUAUU